GGAUCUUCGGGCUGGUACUGGUCCAAGUUCCCAAUUGUCGUCGGAAGAGCCACCACGGCGCAGCCGGUGCACUUGACAUAGAUGGCCCACGUGUACGCCGCCUACCACCACCGCCACAGCAGCAAGCUCGACGACGCGCAGACGCACCCGACUGCAUGCACGAGCAGCACGCGCAGCGAGGCGAGCGCGCCGGACCACGACGCACUCGCCCACUGGAAAGACGCGAUGACGAGCGACGAAGUGCGCACGGGCGGCUUUAGCUACAAGGACGCGCUCUUGCAAGCCAAGUGGCCGCCACUGCCGGCCGACGAUGCAAGCACCGACAGCGCGGACGAGAAGGCAUCGACGCUCUCCCGUAGCAGCAGCUGCGACACGAGCACGACGAUCAGCAACGGCUGCUGCAGCGACUCGGACACGCCGAUCGGGCACGACAACAAUGGCGCGUGCGUCGCGCCACCCCGCAAGCACAAGGAGAGAGCCACCGCCGCCAUCAUAACUGCAUCGCCGCCACCGUCACCAGCAACGACGACGACGACAACAACGCGGAGGCUCAAGGUCGCGGGCCCGCGCAUUCACACGAGCAUCAUCCGCGGCGCGAUCGCCCACGCCGCUUCGCAAGGCGUCUUGUCCAAGAGCACGAAGCGCGAGAUGCGGCAGUCGAUCUUGCGCGGCGAGACCAACUCAAUCUUAGAAAACCUCCGGCGCGAGUGCCAUUUGCAGCCGAUGGUGACGCCGUCGCCGUCCCCGCCGCCCACCGAGUACGAACUGCGCAACUCGAACGGACUACUCAAGUGCCUCAACACGCUCGGGCCGGUCCAGGACAGCGAGAGCUUGACAAGCAAGCACGUCGUGCUGCUCGAGAUGGACCGCAUCAUCGAUAAGUGGAUGGCCGGGCGACACGCGGCCCUGUACGUCGGCGGUAGCUGGUACCUCAAGGUCGACACGAAAGACUCGGACUUGGACAUCGUCGUCGUCGUGCCCAAUGCAGUGACGCUCCAUGCGUUUUGCACCGAGCUGCCGACGGUCCUACACCAAACGAGCGGGAUCGUCGACGUUGUCUGCAUGGAAGACGCGUACGUGCCGACGAUCACGUUCAAGUUCCAUCGAGUCAAGGUCGACCUCCUCUUUGCGCGCUUCACGCAGCCGAGCGUGCCCAAGCAUUUGCCGAUCCACAGCGACCACAUCCUCGCCAACAUGGACGUCAACUCGGUGCGGUCGCUCUCCGUACCGCGCACCGCGUCGCUCAUCCUCGAGCUCGUACCGCACCCGGGCACGUUCCGCACGUGCCUCCGCGCCGUGCGUCUCUGGGCCAAACGACGCGGGCUCUACUCGAACAAGGUCGGCUUCCUCGGCGGCAUCUCGUGGACAGUACUUGUCGCGUUCGUGUGCCAAAUGUUCCCGAACGCAGUCGCCGCCUCCGUGUACCACCACUUUUUCUCGGUGCUCUCGUCGUGGAAGUGGCCGACACCGAUCAUGCUCGCGAAACCCUAUGACGCAGGGUUAGGGUUUCCGCAGUGGAGUCCGACCGCCAACGUCCACGAGCGCGCGCAUGCGAUGCCGAUCAUUACGCCCGGGUACCCGGCCAUGAACUCGGCCGCGAACGUGACGUACUCGACCUUGCGCGUACUCAAGGAAGAGUUUACGCGCGCAAAGUUGAUUCUCGACGACAUGCAGCUCAAGGCGCUCACGAGUCCGCUGGCGUGGACGCAGCUCUUUGCGCCGUCGGACUUUGCCGUGCGGUAUGACCACUAUGUGCAGCUGCGGCUCAAGGGCUCGUCCGGCUUCUUUGCCUACAGCAGCUUUGUGGCGUCGCGGCUCCGGCGACUCGUCGACAUUCUGCAGCACACGGCGACGGUCCUCACCGUGCACCCGUUCCCGACGCUACUACAGCCGUCGUCGUCCGAGGGAAGCUACUUUGUGGGCUUUGAAAUGGCCCACGACGCCAACAGUAGCGCGGCCUCGAGCCUCGUUGCACCCGUCAUCAACUACUUUUUGGCCACCGAGAUGCACCGGAUGCCGUUCGACGGCGCGGUCGACAUUGCGUACGUGCCGUGGUCGGCGCUCCCGGACGGGAUCUUCCCGCACGGGAAGGACUGGGCGGCCGGCGACCGGGCCAAGUACAUGCUCAGCCGCGCCCACAACCUGCACAUGGCCGGGCACUAGCCUCUGUUUUGAUUCCACUAAAUACACAUAUCCAUUGGGUUAGAGCUCGCUCAGCGGACGCUUCUUGGCGUUGAAGGACGACGCGUCGUCCUUCUCGUCGAGGUCGUCGAGGUCGUCGAGGCCCGUAAAGUCGGCAAAGUCGUCCAUGUUGUUGC